UUCAUUUUUUUCUCUCGGGCGCGUACAAGGAGCUCUUUAAGCCCUGGUACAGACACACAGAGCAAGCAUUCAUACUCGGGCGGCGCGAGCGAGGGGGCUGGGGAGCGAGCGUCACUUUGGAAACUCGGACGGGAACUCACGGAUUCUCGUGCUAAACCGACGACCUCCUUUUCCUCAUUACUGAAGUCCUCGCUGUUGGAUCUCGAUCGCGGGAUAAACGGAGGAGAGAAGGAAGGUGUAGUCAGGAGGGAAGUAAGAGCGGGUGAGUUUGGCGGAGAGAGUUGCGCAAUAGCAGGUAAACUGGGGUCCAAGGUGCGCAUCGAGCCGCCUAUGAUACCAACAACACGGAUGGAAAGAACUUUAAUGUGGAAUCCUCACAGAGUUUUGCAACGGAGGCUGAGAGUAGAGACAGACUGGCAGUUUAUAUUAUAACUUAGAUGAGGCCAGAGAGACAGCCGACCCUCCGUGCGUAAACUGCAGAGCUACACAGAAACAAGAACCAGACAGGUAGAGCUGAGCAUUUAAGAACAGCUUUUUACAUCCUCUGCGCGCCUGGAGGCUUGUGUGAAGGACGAUGUCCAGAGAGGAGCAGAGCUUUUCAGAGGUUGAGCUCAGCCCAGGGAUGUCUGACGACAGCCGCUCCCUGUCACCGGGUCAUUCCUCCGGGGCCGCUGUUGCUGGGGACUCGCCUCUCCACGGGCAGCAGCAUCAGCCGCAGCUGGUCGGGCUGGACGACGCGUCGGCGGGUUGCUCCUCCGUCAAAUCCGACGACGAGGAUGACCGCUUCCCCGCGGGAAUCCGCGACGCUGUGAGCCAGGUGCUCAAGUGCUACGACUGGACCCUCGUGCCCAUGCCCGUUCGCGUAAGCAGCGGAAGCAAGAACAAACAGCACGUGAAGAGGCCAAUGAACGCCUUCAUGGUGUGGGCUCAGGCGGCGCGGAGGAAACUGGCCGACCAACACCCGCACCUGCACAACGCGGAGCUCAGCAAGACCCUGGGGAAGCUCUGGAGGCUUCUUAAUGAGAGUGACAAGCGACCCUUCAUUGAGGAGGCAGAGAGGCUGAGGAAGCAGCACAAAAAGGACUACCCUGACUACAAGUAUCAGCCGCGACGCCGCAAGAAUGGGAAGAUUGGUUCUGGGUCAGGAAGCGAGGCUGAAGGCCAUUUGGAGGGUCAGAGCCACAGUCCUCCAACACCUCCCACUACUCCCAAGACCGAGCCUCAGUCUGCAAAGGCAGGAGAUGGUAAGAGGGAGGGAGCCGGGAACGGGACUUCUCGUGGUACAAUGGGAGCGGAAGGAAGCUCAGGUGCUGCGGGGUCUGGGAAACCUCAUAUCGACUUUGGUAACGUGGACAUUGGUGAGAUGAGUCAUGAGGUAAUGGCUAAUAUGGAGCCGUUUGAUGUCAAUGAGUUUGAUCAGUACCUUCCCCCUAAUGGGCACCCAGGGGUUGGGCCGAGUGCGGGGGCUGCAGGAACCACAACAGCUACUCCGGCCUCUCCGUACGCCUAUGGGAUCUCCUCAGCUCUGGCAGCGGCCAGUGGACACUCAGCAGCCUGGCUCUCCAAGCAGCAGCAGCAGCCACCACAGCAACACCAUGGCUCCCCUCUGAGCUCAGAUCCCUCCAAAGCCCAGAUUAAGAGUGAGGCUGGAGGUGCUGCGGGUCACUUUGUGGAAGCAGCUUCAGCAGGUUCCCACGUCACUUACACCCCCCUCAGCCUUCCUCACUACAGCUCUGCCUUCCCCUCGUUGGCCUCAAGAGCUCAGUUUGCAGAAUACGCCGACCACCAGGGCUCGGGGUCAUACUACGCCCAUUCGAGCCAGGCUCCGGGGUUGUACUCCGCCUUUUCUUACAUGGGGCCUUCCCAGAGGCCUUUGUACACUGCCAUCACUGACUCAGCCAGCGUAUCGCAGUCGCACAGCCCCACACACUGGGAACAGCCUGUCUACACAACUCUGUCGCGGCCAUGACAGAUAACGAGACCAGAGCGUGCCGGUGCAGGUUCAGCCCCAACGUCAGACCAGAGGAGCAGAGGCAGCAGCAGCAGCAAGAGUCGCGCUGGUGGUGUCAGAGUGGAACGAGAUCUGGUCUGGGGGGAGCGGGCAGGCACUGGGGGAUGCGUCUGGGGAGGCAGAAGGGGGGAAACACCCUUCUGCUCUUGCCCAGACGAAAACAUGCUGUCACAGCCUGAGGAUGAGCUUGGAGCGUGGUGCUUUUGAGGAGCGGUCGAUCAUUUGCGGCACUCGGUGGAGGAGUCAGAGUGCAAUACAUCGAUAAUGCAAAUAAGUAAAAUAAAAUAAAAAUCACCCAACGCCACCAGCAGCACCACAGCAAAGCCUUUGGCACUUCUGGCUGUGUUCAUGGGUGGUAUGAGAUCACGUACUUGUCAGCGUGUAUCGCAGCAGUCCACAACGCCACGGGCAAACGGAGGGGUCAGAGGUGACAGGGACACAGCGAGAAAAAAGCAAGACUUCGAUCUGUGAGCGCGACAAAGGAGACAAAUUCAUUUUACCCGAGAUGUUUGUUUUAACGCCAGGAGAACGGAGUGCCAAACUAUUUGCCGGCGUUUCACUUCUCAGGCUUGACUGACCUUUUGUCAAACAAACGUUAGCCUUGUAUUCCUUUCGAAAGUCAACACAACAAAUACUCAUGACAUACUGUCCUCUCAGAGCCACAGUCGUCCCUUUUUGAAUACAAUUUGUUUAUGCUGUGUUCACUUAAAAUGCCUUUGUACACUCGACAAAUGGGCACGGAGGGGAAAAAAUGCCAUAAAUCCAUGCUGUGCUUUUGUUAACUGAAGUGUAUAUUUAGCUUAUUGGGUGUACUUGAAGUUGCAAAUGUACUUAUGUCGAUACACACAAACAUGACCAAAGUUUUGAGACCAAAACCUGUACUUUUUAUAAAGAAGAAACUGUUCUUUUAAAAGAAAGUUUCUCCCAACAUAACAUUCAAAGCUACCUUACAUUUUGUGGCCAAUUAGUGUUUUGUUUUUUUGUUUUUUUUCUUAGCUUUGACUCAAUUCAAAAUGCAAUCGUGUCAAAAACUUCCUUUAAGUUUGUAGCACAAAGGCACUGACUCACGAUGAAAGGCAGUUCUAUUCAUCUGCUGAUAAUCCAUUAUCACUCAGUGUUUCAUGACAAAAUCCUUAACAGAAACGUACUUGUUGUUUUAACAACGUGCUGUGUUGACUGUACUGUUUAAAAUGACUUUUUGCCAUUGUUAUCCACUGAAGGUCUACAGCAGUGCCUUUGUCUGUUGUUUUGUUUGGUUGAGUGUGAGACAAAAUGAUCUUUUGAUUAUAGUUUAAAAAGUUACAUUGUAAAUAAUGCCAACACUGAGAAACAAUUUCCAGGCACUGAAUGUUUUAACGCAGCCUGAUGUCAAAUAGAAAAUGUGCCUUGUCCUUAUUAUGACUUUACUACUAACAGCUUUUGUAUCAGUACUUACCUUUUGAUGAUUACUUACCAUCUUUAUUUACACGUUAUACCUGUUAUUUCUCUUCCCUACAUCCCGCAUUCUUCUUCACUGCUUCUCAAAUAUAUCUGCAUUUUAAAUAUCUUAACCUAUAUCUGCAAAAGAGCUAAACUGAAUUUCUUUGUUUUAUACGUAAUGUAUAUCGGUACUGCACACAUGUGGACCAUAUGCAUGCACCACAGCUCAGGCAGAGCUCAAAGUCAGUUUUACUUUAACCAAUUACCUCCAGCAUAAGAGUUAAGCUUACAUUCUCAUUGCUACUAUAUAUGUGUGUGUGUGAGCUAUGGGUAAUGUUUUUAAUUCCACAUUUAUUUAUGAUUUGGUUUCAUGUUUGCGUGCACAUCCUUUCCCUCAAUUUCUCAUUUGAGCAUUUCACAUUUCUUGUGUAACUGCGUCUGAAUAACAGCAGGUGUGAAAGCCUGAACACGAUGAUGAUGAUGACUUUGUAUUCUGACGUGAAAUAAAGCUUUGUUAUUUCUGCUUGAAAA